UUCCAACUCCAACAACAAUAGCAACUAUAAUAAUAUAAAUAUAUAUAUUAAAAAUAACGUCACAGACGCCGACGACCAACCAAACUAAGCAGCUCAUAUUCUCUGUCCACACUUCCGUUCUCUCUCUCUCUCUCCUCUUCUUUUUCUCUCUUUCACAAACCUUCACCUUUUACGCUUACAUACAAAUUUCAAUUUCUACCCUUAGAUCCUGCUUCUGCUUCUGCUUCUGCUUCUGCUUCUCUCUUUCUCAACAGCUUACUCACUCCUGCAAUUUUCUGUGAGCUCGCUUUUUCUUAACAAUGUGCUGUUUAUUUAUUUUAUUUCAAUAUCAAAAUUAAAUGAUCCUGUUCUGGUUCUUCUUGUUCUUGUGUUAUGUCUCAAUUCUUCAUUUCAUGGUUUAAGAAUUUUGGAUUUGUGAAAGGAAAAAAAAAACAUGUCUGGUGGAACGCAGAAUAGUUUGAGAAAAGCACUUGGAGCUCUUAAGGAUACCACGACAGUUUCAUUGGCUAAAGUCAACAGUGGUUACAAGGAGUUGGACAUUGCUAUAGUUAGAGCCACAAAUCAUGUUGAACGCCCAGCUAAGGAAAAACACAUUCGAGCUAUAUUUUCAGCGAUCUCAGCUACGAGACCUAGGGCUGAUGUUGCCUAUUGCAUCCAUGCUCUUGCCAGACGAUUAUCAAAGACACAUAACUGGGCUGUUGCAUUGAAAACUUUAAUCGUCAUUCACCGGGCUCUGAGGGAGGUGGAUCCCACAUUUCACGAAGAACUCAUUAAUUAUGGAAGAAGUAGAAGUCAUAUGCUCAACAUGGCUCAUUUUAAAGAUGACUCCAGUCCAAAUGCAUGGGAUUAUUCUGCAUGGGUUCGCACUUAUGCAUUAUUUUUGGAGGAACGGUUGGAAUGUUUUCGUGUGUUGAAGUAUGACAUUGAGGCAGAUCGUCCUAGGACCAAAGAUUUGGAUACUGCAGAAUUGCUAGAGCACUUGCCAGCUUUACAACAACUUCUCUAUCGAGUCGUUAGUUGCCAGCCACAAGGGGCAGCUGUACAUAAUUUUGUGAUUCAGUUGGCUCUCUCGUUGGUUGCUUCAGAAAGCAUUAAAGUUUAUCAAGCUAUUAGUGAUGGAACUGUUAAUAUGAUUGAUAAGUUUUUCGAGAUGCAACGUGAAGAUGCUCUGAAAGCUCUUGAUAUAUACAGAAGGGUUGGAAUGCAGGCUGAGAGAUUGUCAGAGUUUUAUGAAAUAUGCCGCAAUCUUGAUAUUGGACGCGGAGAGAAGUUUAUUAAAGUUGAGCAGCCCCCGUCAUCGUUUAUGCAAGCCAUGGAAGACUAUGUGAGAGAUGCUCCCCAGGGAGUAAUAGUUCGCAAGGAUCAGUCCAUUGACAAUAAAAUUGCCUCUCCAAAAGAAGUUUUGGCUAUUGAAUAUAAAAAGGAACCAGAAGUGCAGGAGGAACGUUCUCUCUCUCCCCCUCCACAGCCUGAACCUGUGAAAGUGGAAACACCACCAGUACAACCACCACCUGAUCUUUUGAAUAUGGAGGAUUCUGUUCCAGCUGCUGCAGAGUUGGAUGAGAAGAAUGCCUUGGCUUUAGCCAUCGUUCCCGUCGCUGAUCAACAACCUUCUGCUGUUUUAAAUCAUGCAAAUGGAACCACUGGUUGGGAAUUGGCACUUGUUACGGCUCCUAGUUCGAACGAGAGUGCUACAGCAGCUAGCAAAUUGGCCGGAGGUUUGGACCUGCUUACACUAGACAGCCUAUACGACGACGCACUCAGAAGAAACAACCAAAACGUUAGCUAUAAUCCAUGGGAGCAAGCACCGGCGGGAGGCAUGAUGCAACCUGCAAUGCACGAUCCGUUUUUCGCCUCUAAUAGAAUGGCUGCUCCACCUUCAGUUCAAAUGGCAGCUAUGUCCAACCAGCAACAGGCUUUCAUGUAUCAACAGCAACAGCAAAUGAUGAUGAUGCCUCCUCAACAACCAUCUGGAAAUCCUUUUGGAAAUACUUACGGAGCCGCAGUUCAUCCUUAUGGCUCAGGUAUGCCAGUUCAAUCAUACAAUCCAUAUACAGGCCUCAUCUAAACAUCUUUUGUGGACAACAAAUCCGCGAAAAACACAUACUCUCCGUGUUUGUGAAGAAUGGACAAAUUUGUAUCAUAGAUUCCGUGUGUGCCGUAGAUAGCUAGAGUGAAAUUCUUUAUGAAUAAAUAUCAGAAGAGGGUUUUGGCUAUAUGAUUUUUUAUGUACAAGGUAAUUGUUUAUCAGACUUAGAAUUUGUUUUAUCCCUAAUGAUUGGUUAGAUGAAUUGGAAUGUAUUGUUUUCGGUUUCCAUUCCAUGUAUAUGGUGGCAACUAUAUUCAUUGUGUUUUUCACACCAACAUUUAUCUGAUGAAAAUAUAUGUCAAGUCUGAGAACUGAGUAAAUAUGGUGUAAGGAACAAUUUUUCAUUCA